GAUCUGCCGCGCUGUACCGAUCGGCUCGUUCGAUCCGGGACCGCGUCCGCGAGCGGCGAUGGAGAAGGGAGGGGACGCGGGCGGCGGCAAGCCGGAGUACAGCAUCAUCGUGCCCACCUACAACGAGCGCCUCAACGUCGCCCUCAUCGUCUACCUCAUCUUCAAGCACCUCCGGGACGCCAAGUUUGAAAUCAUUAUUGUGGACGAUGGAAGCCCUGAUGGAACUCAAGACAUUGUAAAGCAGUUGCAGCAAGUGUAUGGUGAAGACCGUGUUCUAUUGAGAGCUAGACCAAGGAAGCUAGGGCUUGGUACUGCAUAUAUACAUGGAUUAAAGCAUGCCUCAGGGGACUUUGUUGUCAUUAUGGAUGCAGAUCUAUCCCAUCAUCCAAAGUAUUUGCCAAGCUUCAUUAGGAAGCAAAAGGAAACCGGUGCUGAUAUUGUAACCGGUACCCGUUAUGUUAACAACGGUGGUGUUCAUGGAUGGAAUCUUAUGCGCAAAUUGACUAGCAGGGGAGCAAAUGUUCUAGCACAGACAUUGCUGCGUCCUGGAGCUUCUGAUUUGACAGGGUCAUUUAGGCUAUAUAAGCGAAGUGUUUUGGAAGAUGUAAUUUCCUCGUGCGUCAGCAAGGGCUAUGUAUUCCAAAUGGAGAUGAUUGUUAGAGCCACCAGGAAAGGUUAUCACAUUGAAGAGGUCCCAAUAACUUUUGUCGACAGGGUCUUUGGGAUUUCAAAGCUUGGUGGAUCCGAAAUUGUUGGAUAUUUGAAAGGCCUUGUGUAUUUGUUGCUCACAACAUAGUGGAAAAGACAAGACGUAGAUGCAUGGCGGUUAUAGGACAAAUUCUGGCUAGAGUGACUUUUAUGUUUUUUUUCAGCUUGAGUUGCACAAACAUGCUAACAUUUUCGGAUUUACAGUUGAAUUAUGUACUCAAAGUUGGUUUAUGGGCAUCAUGAUGAAUUGUGUGGCUGCGGCGACAUGUAUCAUUAUAAAACAAUGUUUUGUUG